UUUUUUCUCAUGUCGUGUGGAUUCCGGUUUUCAUUCGGUUUGGCAUCUUCAAAAUAAUGUAAGUGAAUUUAUUAUAAUUAAGUUUUAAAUAGUGAUGUUAUUUACUUUUAUACGCCGGUAUAGUAGUGUUUUAUAUUGUAUCGCGAAACCAUCUGUAGUGCGCCCUACUCGAUUUUCUACUUCCAAAUACCAAGUGACAAUGAAGAUUGGUACGCACGAUGGAGUCUUCCACUGUGAUGAGGUGCUGGCCUGCUACAUGCUCAAGAGGCUACCCCAAUACAAAGAGGCCGAGAUAGUCCGCAGCCGUGAUCCAGCCAUACUAGCUGAAUGUGACAUUGUGGUUGAUGUCGGUGCAGUAUUUGACCAUGCCAAGAAGCGAUAUGAUCAUCACCAGAGAGAAUUCACUGAGACUUUAAGCACAGUCAGAAAAGAUCUGGGCGAUCAAUUUAAAAUCAAACUCAGUUCCGCUGGUUUAAUAUACGCUUUUUAUGGAGAAGAACUGAUCCAAGGCUUGGCCCCAAAAGAAGUUCCACUUACCCCACAUGACCUAAACAUUAUAUUUAAAAAAGUAUAUGAGAACUUCAUACAAGAAAUAGAUGCGAUUGACAAUGGGGUGCCAAUGACUGAUGAAGAGCCGAGAUAUAAGAUACAAACCCAUUUGAGCAGGAGAGUGGGUCGGCUGAAUCCGGAAUGGAAUACCAAUCAGACUGUUAACACAGAUGAAAUUUUUCAGAAAGCUAUGAACCUGGUCAGUGAAGAAUUUUUGUAUACAGUUAAUUAUUUCAUAUCUGUUUGGCUGCCUGCCCGAGACAGUGUAAAAUCUGCCAUUGAAAGUAGAUUUGAGGUGCACAAAUCUGGAAAUAUUGUCGAGUUUACCGAGCGGUUUCCUUGGAAAGAACAUCUUUUUGAUAUUGAAGAAGAGAUGGGUCUGAAGGAUGAGAUCAAGUAUGUCAUCUUCAAUGAUAAACCCAACUCAUGGAGGGUGCAGGCUGUGCCUCAGAAUCCGUCCAGCUUUGUGACCAGGAAACCACUGCACAAGGAGUGGUGGGGAGUUCGAGAUGAGAUGCUGAGUGACAUAGCCGGUAUCAAAAACUGUGUAUUUUGCCACAGCACUGGAUUCAUUGGUGGCAACACCACAAAAGGAGGAGCACUCCAAAUGGCUGUGGCAAGUCUAGAAGCAUAAUAUUUUUUUUGUCAUUUCACGAAUAAUGUUAUUAGAAUAGUAGCUGGAAUCUAGCUCAGGUAAAUAUUAUGUUUUUGAUUUUUUUCAAUUAUCAUGUUUGUCAAUCUGUGAACCUGAUAUAUUUUUUGUAUGUAUUAGUUUUGUUGGUGCAUAAAUAUUGUAUAAAGACAAUUUAAUCAAUAAAUAUCAGCACAACUCCUGUAUUUUCAUCAAAAGUCUUAAAGCAAUUUUAAAAUGCGUUUAGAGAAACCCAUUUUACAGAAUUUUCCGUUCUAAAAUACAAUGUGACUAGGAUUUGCCAUUAAAUUAUUUUUACUAAAGUUAAA